AUGGCCCUCAAACAGUGGUAUCCAAAGCUGAGGCUUGGUUUAAGUUUAAGAGCCUGGAGCUCCAAGGUGCGCACAUUCGGUCAUGAACUCGAAGAGGAGGCGUCUCUCACUACCGAAACAAUUAAGGACGCGGUCAAUUUGCAUCGGCUCUCUGUCUGGACCAAGCAAUUGCAAGGCCAGCUCAGCAGAACAUAUCAAGGGUCCGAGGAAGAGUUAGUUUCUACCUUACAGGUCAUGAAGAAGGCGUACAAUGUGUACGAGAUGGGACCUGUUGGGUACAAUUACAUCUGGAUGGGCGUUCAACUUGGCCACUCUGAUGUACCGCGCAGCAUUCCAGCAUUCUUCCAAACCCAGUACUUUGAGCAACGCUUUGCAAUCUUCAGGAAAAAAGAUGGAGCGAUAGAUAGUCCGCCUUGA